GGAGUUUCCCAAUAUUAUACUUUCAUUAGUUUUGAGGUAUACAAAGAGUUAUUUCAAUUUAAUUAAGAACACAAUUAUUUAUUAAUAUAUAUAUAUAUAUAUAUAUAUAAAUAUAUAUAUAUAAACCAUAUAUAUAUAUAUAUAUAAACUAUAUAUAUUUUAUUUAUUUAUUCAAAAUUAUUAGGUGAUACAGACUACGUGAGUCAAUGAUACAAUUCCAAAAGCUUAAAGGCAAAGGUCAUUUUUAAGGUAUUUCUUGGCUGUUUUGCAGUGCGUUGUUAGAUAUUUGAAAAUAUAUUUAUUUUAAGCAUUUUUAUCAUUUUAGCAUAGUUUACACAAUUUAAUGUGCAUAUAUUAUUAUAUUAAAUAUAUAUCAGAAUGAGCUAGGUUCACAUAACGCCAAAAGGGAAAACUUUUUAAUUACGUUUGGAUUCCUAAAAACAAUCAUAGUUAUUUUCUAUUAUUUUACGCAAAUCGAAUAAAUUCAAUGUGCAAAAAAAUAUUUUAACCCGCUUUUAUUUUAGUAAAAGUUUAUAUAUUAUUAUUAAAAAUUACAAAUAAAUUUAAAGUAUCAACUAAGGAAAUAUUUUCAGCAUUUUAUAUGUGUUUGAAAGUUAUGAAAAAAUAUAAUAAUAAAGAAUAUCAUGCUUAAAGAAUUACACCGUAAUCACAUUUAUUGUGAAAACCCAGACAUCAGAAGUUUUUAGUGCGUCUUUUAGUUUGUUGUUAAUAUUGCGAAAUAAAAUUCAAAUAAAUUUAUUCUCAAUAAUCACGCCAAUGACGUCAUAGCGCGAAUAGCUUAUUUUGCCAAAACUCUUAGGUUUCUUUAAAUUUAAUAACCGUGCUUGACAAAGCUGAUCAUUUAUUUUCUACUUUAAAAAUAAACUUAAUAAAUACAAUUGAUUGCUUUUUGAAUUUGUUAAUAAAACACACACACAUUUAAGCUUUGAAAAUUUUAACAUUUUAAAAGUUUCGCCUUUUUUAUUCCAAAAAUUUACUUUUAUUAAAAUUAUAACGUAAUAAAUUCUAACCUUUGAAAUUUAAUUCUAAUAAGAAAAUGCAGUUUCAGCUAAUCAGUGCAGCGCACUUCCAUAGCCAAAUAGCAUUCACUAAUCCACUUUAUAACUCAUACAAAUAAGAACGAACCAUAUGAAAUGCAAAAUAUGUUAGAAUGGGUAUGGAAAGGACAACAAUCCGGUGAAAGAUUUUCUAAAUUUAUUUAAAUCUGGGCGAGGAGGGGUUGUUCACUUUGCCCCAGGCAGCACAAGAUACGUCUCAAAAUAAAGGAAUGAAUUUGAUAAAUAAUUAACCUUCUUUGGUAUACACAUAUCGGCGGUAGGAUAUAGGAUGUGUACAUUUUUACGAGGAUGACAAUAUAUUUAAAUCCUAUGGUAUUACAUUUGUGGAAAAUGGUAAGCCACUUUCACUUUUUACAAAUAUUUAUAUGUUCAUUUUUCUCAAGGCUGCACAAGAUACGUUUCAAAAGAAAGAAAUUAAUUUGAUGAAUAAUUAACCUUAUUGGGUACAUUAAUGAUGUUAGAAACGUAAAUAUCAUCAUAUAGAUACUUUUUUAAAGGUAGGAAUUGUGAUGAGAUUUUGCAAUACUAGGUAGAAACUAUCGCAAAGGACCUACCAUUAUUAUCCCGAUAACAUCGGGUCAUUUAUUCUAGUAUAUAAUAAACGUGUUAAUAGUUAUCAUGAAUUACUGAGAUUAUUUGAAAGUUAUUUUAGCAUUAAGAUAAAUACAGGACACAUGUUAUUUAAAUGAUUAUCAAAUACAAAUUUACAACAAAAAAAAAAAAAUAUAUUUUUAAGAAAUCGUUUAACUUACAUUUAGUCAUCCUUUAACAAAACAUUUCACUGCUUUAAAAUAAGUAGAAAUAAUAUAACUAAUAAUUUUCAUUUAAAGUGAUCAAUUUAAAUCUGUCAAAUGUAAGGAUAUGAAAGAAAACUUUCAUUUAUCUUAUAUCAGUGAAAAGUGGGAACAUACGUUAUUAUUUAUGAUAUUAAACUUUGCGUAUGUCAACAUCUCAGCAAGUGUGAGUUUGUUCUUGGAUGCACUAGGGGGGGGGGGUGAAGAACUUAAAUGGUAAUGUUUGCGCUUUCAAACAUCUACUAAAGGAAGGUUUUUAAUGUGCUUUUGUUUGUUGCAAGCAUUUACAAUAAAGUUUUAUUCUAUAUUAUUUCAAUAGUUAUUACAUUCAACAAUCCCAUAGCUCUCGUUUGUGCGUAAGGGAUGCUCUGUGGUACAUUUGGGUUUACAGUCAUGGCAGUUCUUUGAUUACUUUUUGUUACUAACUUUAAUAGAAAAUUUAUUGAUGGAAUAGAGAAUCAUAACUUUGUGUCAUGUUUCCAAACAGCAUUUAGUCAAGCUCUGUUUAAGUAUAUUUUACGAAGGUAUCAAUGAAUCAAAGACAUUAUUUGUUAAACACAUAACAAUUUUAGGCCAUUGUAGAUUUCAAAUUUAAUUUAAUUAUGAACACAUUAUGCAUCUCAGUGGCCAACUUUAAAACUAAAACAAUUCUCUUCAGCUCAAAACGAAAUAAUAAACAGCAACACGUCCAUGAGACCCUUAAGGCAAUAAUAACACCAUUCUUUAAAAUAUGUCCGAAAUACAUAUUUAAAAAUUCGUUAUAAAUGUUUUUCUUGCAAACCCGUUUAAGGAUGGUUCUAAAAAUAUUUCCCUUGACAGAAACGUGUUUGUGUUAGGGGGAAAUAUAAAGGAGUAAGCUUUCAGGUUAAUCAUAUCCGAGUUUUUACAUUUCACAGUUUAUACAAAAGAUGUCGAGGACUAUUUUUUUUUUUAAUCGGUUCAAAAUUUAAAGUGAUCAAUGUAAAGUAUAUUUAAAUUUUUAUCAAAUAUGUUUGUGAAUCUUUCUGAGAUGCAUUCUUUAAAGAAGGCUUGUUAUGGAAAAUACUGAUUGAAAUGACAGUAUUCUAAGCCAUUCUCAAUGAAUAUCAAAUUAUCUUGUUACAUCACUUGAUAAUUCUCAACGGGUUUAAAUCAACUUUACUUGGGGUCGAAAUCCUAAGAAAACCUGUCAGAACAGAUUCAUUGGGUAUGUGAGGUAAACAAAAUUUAUUUAACACAUUAUAUUUUCAUUCAAAUAAACCCUGUAAGAAAGUAAGAAAAUAGCUAUGAAUGUGUGAAUCUAAGUAAAAUAAUCUAUUUCAAUUGUUACGCACUGACUUGUAUUGGGAGAAAUUAAUCUCCUAUUUUAAUUUUAAUUGGCUCGUUGUAAGCAGUGCCUAACAAAGGACGAUACCAUGGAAUCAACAAUAUUAAAGAUACGACCCAAACAGUUUCUAGUUACAAUUAAUUAAGAUUUAUUAUGUCUUAAGAUAAUUACAAAAUUAAAUUAAAUUACAAUCUUCAACUUACAGUAUUGUAGAUCUCGUACCGGUACACAGUUAAUACAAUUAGAAAUAAUGAUGCCAAUAAAUAAUGCGAAAUAAACACAUAUAAGUAGGAGCACACAAGUACACAAAGAAUAAAACACGCCUCGUAAUGUUAAGAAAAUCUAUCUGAAAAAUCUCCCUCCUCCUCUGUAUCUGUCAAUCUUUUAUAUACAUGUAGAGUAAGACGCUUCCAGAAGGGCUUAGGACGUGUUGUUUACAUAUCUCGAGCUAAAGAGUACAUUCCAGAAGGUACCCGGAGUCAUUAUACCCAAUGCGUAAUUGGAAGCCGAUUGUAAACAAGAUACUUCAAAGGCCUAAGCCACACCCCUUUGUGAACACAGCGUCUCAUGCGGGGUCAAUCAGAGGGCACGCACGAGAAAUAUGAUGUAAACAAGCUCUCUAUAACACAAUGUUCAAAGUUUUGUGUAACUAUGUGUGUAUGUUUGUAUGUAUUCAUUUGCGUGAUGGGUGACCGAGGGUUUUAAACUGAGCUAAUCUCAAUUUGAUGGCGUGGAGUUCAAUCCCCACCAAAGUCCAGUCAAGCAAAAACACAACCAGCGCGGAUAAAAUUGGUACAAUGAAACAUUCCGACAACUUCUGUGAUACAACUGGUGCUAACCGGUACCAUCCACAUGAUGUUGUUCCCUUGAAUUUUCAAAUAACAUAAAAUGUCGCUUUUUUUAAAAUUGGGACGGUUCAAUUUAAGCUAUUUUUGUUGAAUUAAAUGCAUUUGAGAUAAGCCUUUAUUCACAAACAUGCGCUGUUACACAUGUGUCAAAAGGAGGUUUUUGUGCGUUCUUUAAUAUUUCAUUUUCUUUUGUAACACGAUAUUGGCAAACUAAAAAGAAAAUCCUAUCUUUUCUUUGGCAUUAGUGAAUAAUUUUUUUAUAAAAAAAUAUUUAAAAAAAAGAUAUUUUAGAUAAAUCAAGUAUUUUACUUGGCCAAGCUUGUACAUUAACUGAAAAGGGCUAAAAUGAAAAUUCAAAAUACAAUAAUUGUCAUAAAUCAGGGCUUUUUGGAAAAGACAAUUGCAAAUUUGAUUCGUUCUUUGGUGAUUCAUUUUUAACAAUAUCUUGAUUUUAAUUUACUAUCAUCCUACUUUAUAACAGGAGUCUCAAACUAGCGGCCCGCGGGCAAUUUGCGACCCGAAAAACGAUAUUUUGCGGCCCGCUACAAGACAGCAAAGUUUAGUGUUAAUGCUGCCCGCUCGUUUUCCACAUUCUGAAAUCUACAACGUGACCCUUCGAGAAUGUUUUAAUCGAAUCUCACCUAAUUCUGAUUUUAUUAAGUUGGUAUAGGUUUUAACGUUGGAAAUAAUGGUUAAAAACAAUUUUAAAAUCGCACCUAUUGAAGUUUUAUUUUAACUUUAUGAGACAAACAUGACCAACGUGCCGUUUUGAGAAAAAUUUUAAAAAGUCAGUUUGUGUGUAAUGCACAACCAUAAUUGUUUAAAUCGUAGCAAUCUGACUCAGUAUCAAAUAAUCCCUAUUAUUAUUGUAGCUAUUAUGCACAUUUGUGGGAAAUUCCGAACCUGUCAGCUUGGUCACUUAAAUAGGGUUAGUCAAAAUGGCCUUUACUACGAUAAAAAUAUCAAAAUUCGUUCUCCCUACAAUAGCAUCUUCAUUCUCAUUAAUAAUAAUUCAUAAAUAUUGCUUGCUCCUGCCUACUUUUUGAACACGUUUUGGAAUUUAAAGCCUUCAUGGAGAAGGAUAAAGCAGCUGUUGCUGUACUAAGUGAUCCCAAAUGGCUUAUGUACUUGGCUUUUCUUGUUGAAAUUACACAGGAGCUGAAGGUACUCAACAGGACAUUACAAGACCAGAGGUAGCUUGUCAGCGUUGCCUAUAUGACAAUGUCAGGGUAUUCUGGACAAGACUUGUGUUAUGGUUCUUAGAGCAACAUCUGACAUUUCCCAACAUGCAGAGUACUCAUGGACUCGGGCAUGCCAUUCAGUAUUACGUAUACUGAAUGAUUAAACUGCGCAAAAUAAAAAUAAAACAAUCUUGAAUGUCCCUGAUUUUACAGAGGAGCAAAGCCAGGAUAUUUUAAAACAUAUUAUUUAACUACAUUAUUAUUCAUUAAAUUUUACAAUUUUAAAAUUAAUAUUUUUUUGAAUAAUAUUAUUUUUAACAAAUUUUCACCGACAGGGGGGAAGGCUGUAAAAUUUGUUUGCGAUCUAUCGUUAGGUUUCUUAUUUUUGGAAUAUCCACGGGAAAUAAAUACAUGCACGUAUACUUACGUAUUCAAAGAACGCUUAAUAAGCUUUCAUAAAAUUAUAUCGUUUGCAUAUAUAUAUAUAUAUAUAUAUAUAUAUAUUUAAAUACAUAUAUAUAUUAUAUAUAUAUAUAUAAAUUUCAGUAUCACCAACUUUUUAUUGAACAUGAUUGUUUUCAAACAGAUGUGUAUUCAUUGAUGAAUAUAAAAUUAUAUCUUUUGCAUAUAUAUAUAUAUAUAUAUAUAUAUAUAUAUAUAUUUAAAUACAUAUAUAUAUUAUAUAUAUAUAUUUAAAUUUCAGUAUCACCAACUUUUUAUUGAACAUGAUUGUUUUCAAACAGAUGUGUAUUCAUUGAUGAACAGAUAGGGACAUAUGCUAUGUGUUGCUCUUCUACUGUGUUGCUGGCAAAUUUAAUCGGUACGUUUUAAUUUUCAAGGCUUUACAUUUUAAUUUGUUCCGAUUAAUACCCGAGCAAAUUAUUUUUUCAAAUACUUUAGUAAAUUGUAUUUUAAGUAUAUACAUUUAACAAGAAUUAACUAAAUGACCAUUUAUAUUUUUGUUGAUAAAGUACUUACAUAAUUUAUUUAUAUCAGUAAUAAACAUUAAAAAAUGUUUCUUAUUUAAGUAUUAAAUAUAGUGAAUAUAAACGUUAUUAUAUAUCUAUUAAAAAGAAUGAAUUGUUGUUUAUACACGGAACAACAUUGGCAUUUAAAAUUUAAUAUGAAUACAUUUAAUUUCGUUUCUUACAAUUCACUUUAGUACAGGAAUUUCAAAAUAAAAAUCUGAAAUAAAAAGAAAUGAAAUAAUUAAUUCAAGACAGUAAUUGACAUUUCUUUUAUCCAAUAAUUCUUAGGGUAUUUUCUAGAAAACAAAAUUCAAUCUAUUUAUGUUGAAAAAAACAAAAACUUAAUAUUCAAUACUUUCCUCCGUAUUACCGGGACCAAUUGUUUUUUUUUGAGUUGCUCCAUGCUUUGUUUAUUGUACACCAAAGCUGUUCAUUUUAAAUUGUCGUUUUUUAACAUGCAUUUAUUUUAUUUUUUUGAGUUGAUAUAUCUAAAAUAUUAAAAAUAAAAUAAAAUACGUAAUGUAUUAUUAACAUUUAGUAAAUUUAUAUAAGGUCAUGUUACAAUGAAAAAGUCCCUGGAAAUGAAUUACUAGCUCCUCCUUCGAGCUCAGCUCCAAAUUUCGGAAAGAUUAAUCACCAAAAGAAUCGUGCACUUACAAUAAUCUAAAACGUAUUUUUUCAACUAAUUCCAACAUUAAUUUAUAAGUAUAAAUUUAAAAAUUAAUAUUUAUAUUAUUUUUGUUAAACUUAAUGUUUAGCUUAAUUUUACAGUUACGAAUUAUGAUUGUCAGAACUACAUAUGAUUAAUUCUCUCGUAAUGUUGAGCAUACAACAUUGCCAGUGGCUUAAUAGUCAUAGGCGAGCCUCAUCACUCAUGGAAAGCCUUAUAUUCAAAGAGUAAGACCGUUACCCGGGUUUCCAACGCGUUUCCAGUCCCAAUUACCAAUUACGGGCAACCCACGAUUAGAUGUUACACUGCCACAGCGGCCAGAUUACAGAGUUGGCACUUAUGAAACAAUUGUUAUCCGAAACUAAGAGGUAGUUUCAUUUCGGGAAUAGCUCUACUUGCAAAUUUGUGCAAAGGCUUUGCCAUCCUCGAGUGCAUCCAAUGUUUAUACUAUUUUAAGUACUUUUGUUUGGAUCACCUAACUCGAUAAGAAUAAUAAAUGGAUCUAAGUGUACGAGUUUGCAGAGACACAUUAACUCUCCAACGUGUAUAUGAGGCCCGUGCUCUACACUUUGUCAUAUUCUGCUGGAGGACACAGAAUAUUGGUUACGGGUUGAUUUUUUUAAAAAGUUUUUUUUCAAUGCAUAUGCCAAAAUGUGCCAAAGUGUUCUUGUUUUUAUAGUCAUUUUUUAAUGUUCUAGCUACUGUUUCUAUAGUCACUUUUAACAUUGAAGUUACUGUUCUAGUCUUUCUUGUUUUCAUUUUUUAUUUUAAUUUAGCAGUUUAAAUAGUUUACAUAUUUUUGAAAAUUGUAAAACGCUUAGAGCUGUAAGGUAAGCACUAUAAAAAAAUGCCUAAAUAAAUAAAUAAAUAUUGUCAUUUUUUAAAAUUAUCAUUUAGACUGUAUUGGUAAUUUUUUUGGACCAAUGAGAUAACUUGAUUCAAAAGCUGUAAUCAUUUGCUGAAACCGUCUAGUUUUUAAGAGUUUUAGAUCCUUAUGUCGUUAUAGAAAAAAGUUACUCGUGCGCUUGCUAAUUAUUCGGAUAUUUUCUCGGAAAACACUGUUAUACAUUUUGGCCGAUAUCUUAAAAAAAUAUCACUUCGUAUCUAUCUUUGUGAAAAGGAAAAAUUGUUGCUUUUUCAAAGCCUAUCACAGUAUCUUUUAUCAAGAUGCUGUUUAUGGGAUUCAGCAAUUUUUGUCAAAUUUAUCUCGCCAUAUAAUAAUUAUUUCGUUGUGUAUUUUGGCUUAAAAUGAUGCUAAAUAGUGGCUAGUUUCCUACGUUAUAUGUUUAAUGUAAAAAGGAUCUUCGUUGGUGAAACUUCGAUGGACUCAAUUUUCAUUUUCUCUUAGACGUUUGAUAAAUCGAAAUAUGUCUAUAAGCACUUUUCGCCCGAGUCCCAUAAGCCUUUUUAGCAGGUAAGGAUAUAAGUGGUUUCCCCUCCAGAGAGUUUAUCUAUGUGUCGCUAAAGUUUAGCUCGUAUGCAAGAUUGAGUUUUCCACACGUGGCAGGAUGAUGAUUUGGCUAGAACAAUUAGUAUGUGCUUGCACGUAGGAUCCGAUUAGAUUUUUGUUAACCCUUGUUGGGGACUCAAUGAUAUGUCACCGUGUGGAUAAGAGUUGGAAUGAGUUGUUCUGUAGCCUGAUUAGAAAAGUUUUAAUCAAACCGCCACAAUUUAUCGUCUUGUACAGUUAAUUUUACUUAGCUCUAGUUAGCCACUGGGCGUUAUAGUUUCCUAUUUUGGUUCUACUAUAAAACAUUUAAUUCCCUAGUGAUAAGUAGAUUAGGUUUCUGGGUGUUUUAUAAACAUUAUUCACUUUGAAAGCCGCGACCUUAUUAAAUUCAUUUCUACGAUCUUAACAGAGAUAAUGUUUUAAACAGUUGUGGGCAAGACCUCUAAAUCGAGUGCAUUUACAAUGGUUUUGCCAUAAAAAAAAAUUAAAAUGAAAAAUAAAAACAGUGAUAUGAAACGGCUUUAUAUGCCACAGCGGUAAUUUUUUUCCUUUUCGUCAAAUGCAACACACAUUCAGUUGUACAUUCACGUUUUAUUGGAAUCUUUACCCCCUUAGACCACUACUGGUAUGGUAGGUUACUUUUUCGACUGGAGUUAGCCCGUCGUUUGUCAGAAAUGCGAGAGAUAGUCGCUACCAAAAUUCAUGAGUGUCGGGGGUAGAAUGUCCACUCAGCAGUAGUUAUCCCAUGAGUAUUGAUUUAAAAGUUCCUCCAAACCUGCGUGUUUUGUAUCAUAGAAAAAAUCAUUCCAACCCCCGUUGUUUAAGAUUUUCGUCUCUUAGGCAUAUUGUCGAGGCAGUCAUUCCAUCAAGUGCGAGGGUGCCGGAUCAUUAACUGCUCGCACAAACACUUCAGUUGCGCUCAAAGCUUAAUAGUCUCUAGCACUACUUAGAGGAGCGAAUCUUUGUGAACUAAGCCAGUACUAGACAUUUCAAUCUAUUUGAGAUCAAAUUAAAGUAAUUAAACUGUAUCCCUGUUUUUCCUUUUAUUACCACGUUCCAUCAUAUUUCUGUUUUUUUUUUUUUUUACUACUUUUUUUGAUAAUUUGUAUCACAUAUCGAACAGUUUAGCAAGCAAGCGUACGACCGCGGUUUGCGCGCGGGCCUCAUGUACAAGUUCCAGAAGCUGGGGAUUUUUGUUUUUCUUUUUUUUACCACGUUCCAUCAUAUUUCUGUUUUUUUUUUUUUUUACUACUAUUUUUGAUAAUUUGUAUCACAUAUCGAACAGUUUAGCAAGCAAGCGUACGACCGCGUGUUGCGCGCGGGCCUCAUGUACAAGUUCCAGAAGCUGGGGAUUUCUGGCAAAAUGUCCGCGUGGGUGACGGACUUCCUCAAGAACAGAACUAUAGCCACGCGGGUUGGUAAUAGCUUGUCGAGGCAGCUUGCUCUGGAGGACGGAUUACUCCAGGGAUCCGCCCUCAGCUGCACCCUGUUCUUGGCGUACGCAUACGACUUGCAAGAGGGCUUAGUUUACGAUAACGUGAUGUUCGCGGAUGAUUUAGUAAUCUGGACCUCUGGUAAGGACAUCAACCAUCUGCAGAACCGGCUUCAAAAUGAUCUCCAUAGCAUCGAAGACUAUGCGAGACGGUGGAAAAUGGUUGUGAACACCGAGAAGACGGUUUACUCUAAGUUCAAGAACGGAAGAGAGGCACUUAAGGUCGAUGUUAAACUCUCCAUAAACGGAAAAGAUCUGGUAUGGGACAGGACACCAGUUUACUUGGGUGUGAAGUUGGACAAGAAACUCCGAAUUCACAACCAUGUACACGAACUGUGCGCAAAAGCUUCACAAAAACUGGGUCUGGUGAAAAAGUUGGCCUGUACUAGAUGAGGCGCAGACGCAAGACUACUGAGAUCGCUCUAUCUUAGGAGUGUGAGGGAGGCAAUGGACUACAGUUUGCCUGUCCAAACCUUCGCGAGUCGCACGGUUCUAGAGGAACUGGACCGCAUCCAAAACCGAGCUCUAAGGUUUGUAUGUGGGGCAAUACGAACCACGCCCACGGCUGCAGUUAGGCUUGAGGUUAGGCGGGAAAAGGCAGUCCUUACGACGGUUGAACGAUACUGGCGCAUGGAAAGGAAAGAACCCUGUUUCCAACUGCAAGACAAUUGGGUAAAAAAGUCCAGAUUGAAGAGACCAUCCUUCAUGGACAGGGUGCACAGUGUUGAAGAAGACGUAAUUUUACCAGGAAACAGGGGGCAAGUGAAAGUGAUCCCCGCGCGUGGACCUCACAAAAGCCUAUCCCGACCAGACAUUCGACUAGACAUGAUUACCACCAAAGCCAACAAAAACAGUAUUCAACCAGAACCAUCAGAGGCUGUACGUAACACGAUUGAAGCCUACCCGAACAGCCUGGUUAAAGUCUUCACGGACGCCUCGUACCUUGCGAGGGAAAAAGCGUAGUGGCAACGGUGCCCUCAUUCAGUAUCCCGCAGAGAUAGCCCCACCCGAGGAGCUAUCUGGCCCAAGCGGAAGCUAUGCAACGAGCCUCGAUGCGGAAAUUGAGGCGAUACUGGUAGCUCUUUAGAGGGUCCACCAACGGCUAGCGAAAAGAAAACCCUUCCCGGACGUAGUGGUCUUCACUGACUCUCGUUCAGCUCUCGAACGCAUGGGGGGGGGAUCAGUGGGAUCAAAAAUGGUCACAGCCAUUUUGGAGGCAGUGGGCUCCAUCCAUGCGAAAGGCUCCAAGGUAGUCUUACAGUUUAUCGCUUCACACUGGGAGGCGUCGCUUCCUGACAGGGCAGACUUCUUAGCCAAAGAAGGCGCGGCCCUACCUCAAACGGACAAACCGAUGACUCAGUUGGGAGCCAUGGCUUGGAUCAAAGACCAUUUCAAGGACCAAUGGCACAGAAUGUGGGCCACGGCAGCCACUGGACGACAGCUUUACCAGAAAAUGCAGCGUCUGAGCAAGAGUGACCCCUUGUGGGAACUUAGUCGUGGAGAACAAAGCCUUAUCACUCAGAUGAGAACUGGGCACUGCGCAACGCGCAGUUAUCUCCAUCGACUCGACAACAGAAGGGAAUCUUUGUGCCGGUUAUGUGGACUAGAAGAGGAGACAGUAGCCCACUUGAUGGUCACGUGUCCGAGUAGUGGGAUGGGGGCCGACGGUAGGAAUCUGGAGGCCUGCCUAAAUGAGCUCCUUUACGGUAGCGCUCAGCAGAUGAGGCGCGCCGUAGAAAUCGUUUCCAGGGUCUUAAGAGAUUUAAUCUCGACCCUUAGAGUAUUGAACUUAAUUAGCACCCAUAUAAUAUAUUUGCAUAACACUUUAAAUUAUACUUUAAUAUCUAUUUUGGCUGUGUCCAAAGCUUCCAUUUUAAUUUUUUUUUUAAAUAAUAAAUACAAUUAUUUUUUUUCUACAGCUGUUAUAUUAGCACAAAGUAUAACUUUCAAUUCACCCAAGCAAGAGGAUUACAAAACAACGUGCACACGUGGGGUGUUAAUAAAUGAUACAUUAAUUAUCAAUAGCAUCGUUAAUUUUACUAACGUCAACGAUGUUGAAAAUGUAACCUACGCUGUGUUUCAAAUACAAGAGAGAGGAAAUGUGGAAACAAAAUUGGUAAGGUUUAAAACUUAUUUUAGAUCAAUUGAAAAUUUAACAUUAGUUUUCAAUUCACAUUUACUAUGUUAAAAGGGUAGAAACAAUUUUAUUAAUCUUUAUCACGAAACAUUUAUUCAACCAUAUAUUUUAUAUAAACUUUUCUGUUGGUGAGGCUGCUUCCUUUUCACACCCAGCCCACCCCUUAAUUAACAUUUUAUAGUAAUAGUUUUUUUGUAAAAAAUAAAAAAAUAAAUAACAACGAGCGUCAUGUGUGACGGUUGUGCUCAGACGCGUUAUUCAAAUUGAACAUUAGUAAAUGGCGUCGGCAAGCCGUCAAGUUAGUGGGAUGCUUUUUAUAUCAUCCCCAACGCCAUUCCCCCAAGCCCAAGUAAAAAGAGUGAUUUUUUUCAGAGGUGUCAACUAUAAUAAUCAAUAAAGAGCAACGUGUAUGGUGUAAAAUUUUCAAAAGAAAUAUUAUUUAAAUGCCGACAGUGGUAAUGUAGGAGUUUCUGUUCGACUAUUAAUUAUAGAAAAUGAGAACUUAUUAACCCCUUUAUGGCACAAUUUGAUUAAAUUUUUUAUUACACAGACCAAGUUUAAAAAUUUCACCCUGUUAAGCCCUAGUAAAAUAUAUUUUCUCCUUUCUGACACAUUAAACCACUUAACAUUCAAUUUUUAAGCAAUUCAAAAAGCCAUUGAACUAAUAUAUAUACAUAUAUAAUAUAUGUAUAUAUAUAAACACAUAUAUAUAUAUAUAUAUAUAUAUAUAUAUAUAUAUGAAACAUGUUUUUAGAUUUUGAAAAAUAAAAAAUAUAUAUCACUCAUUUUAAACAUGAUUAUAUAUAUAAAAAAGACAUUGAAAAAAUAUAUAUACAUAUAUAAUAUAUAUAUAUAUAUAAACACAUAUAUAUAUAUAUAUAUAUAUAUAUAUAUAUAUAUAUAUGAAACAUGUUUUUAGAGUUUGAAAAAUAAAAAAUCCAUAUCACUCGUUUUAAACAGGAUUAUCUAUACAGAAAUCUGAUUCAUAAUCUUGAAUUCAAGAUAAAAUUUGAUCCAAAGAAAUGAAAGUAUCUUUACAUUCAAUGACUAUUUCUAUAAGUUGUUAAUGAAAAUAUAGACAUAAAAAAACCACAUCUGAUUACAAAAAUAAUUAUUGAACACGGCAGAAUAAUAUAAGUAAAAUAAAUAUAUAAUAAAACAAGAAAUAUAAAAGAUAAAAGUAUCCCUUGUAGUCAACGAUUAUUGCUAUAAAGUGCGUAAGAAGGAUACUAUGAUGUUUGGUGUCACUAGUGACACAUGUGGUAUGUUAGGAAACAAAUUUAUUUCUACGUAUUUUGAUUCUUACUUCCUGGCAAAGAAAUAGCUCUGAUAAUGUUAGUGUUAGUUAGAUCUCAUUUCUAUUUUACCAUAAUAAUUUUUUUUUUUAAUUUUGUUAUGUAGAGCUUGUUUACAACACUUUCACUCUGGUUGACCCUACGCUCUUAGAUGGGCGUGGCUUAGUUCUUUGAUCUGUCGUUUUUAUUGCCGACAGAAACUAAAAAUAAUUAAUUUUUUCUCAGUGGUGUUUUGUCAAAUGUUCGCGAUUGUAUUAGAAAAGUAAAAGCGUUUCUUGACGCGUCGGUAGACUUGCAAAUUAUAUUUUCUUUUGUUUUUCAUUGUAUUAUUACUAAAUUAAAUCUGAUUAAUUGUAAUUGGCAACUGUUUUUGCUUGUCGUAUCUUUAUUAUUGUAUCUCUCUAUGGUUAGGCACUGUUUGAAUGAGCCAUGCAUUUAAAAUAGGAGAUUAAUUUCUCACAAUAGAGGGCAGUGCGUAACAAUAUUUUAUCAAACAAAAUUGUUUUUGACUUGUCUUGUCAGCUGCUUACGUAAACAUUUACAUUUAUUUCUAUUAAAUUAAAUUGUCAAUAAAUUGUAAAUUUAUCUAUUUAAAUUUAAAAAAGUAUAGAAUUAUUAUUUUUGAGUUAUCUAUAUAAAAUUUUCACACAUAUAAUUUCUUUUUCUUUUUCAAAAUCACAAGUCUUAAUCUUAAAAUUCCUUUACUAAAUGCAAUGAUACCAAUUGUCAUACGCAAUGUCAAUUAUCUAUUCUGAGUAAUAAUACUUUAUUGGUCACAUUUAAAGUACAUAAAUGUUUAGAAAAAACAAAUAAAAUAGUUUUCGUCUGUAACUUUGUUUCUCCUGAAAGAAAUUAGCAAACACUUUAUUACGUGUUUACUGUAAUUUCGGUGCUUUAAUUAAGGUAUAAAAAAAUGAGUCCGUCCAAAAAAAUAAGAUAAACCAACGCACAGGAAAUAAAAUUAGGUUGUCCAAGCUAUUAAAUUGAAAAUUGUGAACUUAAGCAAUAUGCGACUUCAUAAGUUUACGUGAUCUAACAUUGAGUAUAUUUAAUUUUAAAAUAAGACUAUUCAUACGGUAGCAAUUUGUUACACAUAUCAUUUUUCCGCCAUCUCUGUCACUCUUGAAUAUGGACCCAUUUUAUCUCCCCAGUCUUUAAACUGCCUAGAAAUUUCUAUUUAAAAAAGUUCGUAGUAUUGAGCUUGUAGAAAAAUACUGAGUUUUCCUGUUUUAAUGAAUGAAAUAUGUAAACAUUUGCCUAAUAACGAAAAAUAAAAUCUUGACAGCCACACAAAUGAAAGUGAGAUUUGCGGUGUGUGGGGGGGUGGAAGAGGAACAAUUUAGUAUUAGCCAAUAAACAUUGUCAGAUUAAAUAGUGUUUAAUAUAAAAUUAUUGUGGGGAGACUAUACAAUAUAUCAUGUACAAAAAUAAUAUCCUGAACAAAUGAUAUCAUUUAGCUUACAAACGCCAAUGGUCUAAAUCAGGAGUAUAUUAUGCGGCCUGUAGGCACGUACGUGUUGCAAUUGUAUGUGUCACAAACGACUGGGGCAAGGGUUUACACCAUAGCUGAAAUGUUCAUCAAAAAAUUUACCAGGUGGACGAAAUUCGCUGUGAUUUUGGGGAGGGAAUUAUUAGGCGUUUAAGGUAAGGCUAAUUACUGUUAAUAGAUUCCUAUAUCUUUCAUAUUUGUGUGUGUGGGGGGGGGGGAGGAUGUUUCCUUCCAAAAUAUUAUGUCUGGAGGCUUUCCAGACUUCGCAUGUUUAUUUGGCGUUAACGACGGAAGUACUAAAUUAACCACAAAUGAGUUGGUAGGGAAGGGUUAAUAGCUGGCAUUCUUGGACCACCUAUUAAGAUAGCGAAUUGUUUAUGAGAUUCGUGACAUAAGAGUGAGAUAUCCGUGGACAGUAAUUAUAAAGUGUUUGAUGUCGCGAUACUAAACGAAGGCAAUAAUAUAACUAAUGAUAGACCGUUAGUCAAGUAUCUGGGUUAGGAAAGAAAAUGUAUUGCAUUUAAAAAAAAUUAAAUUCAUCCAUACAUCUUUUAUCUAUAACUGUCGGUGAGGACUUGCUUCAUCAUUCAUUGGUGAAUAGACGCUGAUUUAACCAAGAGUGCUGCCAAAAAAAAAAAAAAAGAUUGAGGACGAAUGUCAUGUUUUAAUCACGAAUGGAUUGCUAAAUACUGCUUCACGAACGUUAGGAGCAAAGCUGUCUGCGUGCUCUGUCGUGAAUAUGUGAGUGUCUUUACAGAGUACAAUUUAAAAAGACGUCACCAAACAAAAGAUCUUGACUUAGGGCACAAUGUAACAAGCGAAGAGAGAAAAAGUUAAUGACAGAGUUGGUUAACAAUUUAAAGAAACAGUAAACUGUUUUCACUAAACAGUCUUUAAUAGAAGAUGCCGCAACCGAAGCCAGUUAGGGAUGUCCUAUAAGAUUGUAAAGCGUAACAAGCAUUUUUCUGACGGUGAGUUCAUCAAAGAAUUAUUUUCAUAUGCAGCAAACAUUGUGUGUCUAGAGCAGAAAAUAAAAUUUGUCAGCAUUUCUUAAUCCAGAGGAACUGUUGUCGGGCGUGUUGAAAAGAUAAGUGACAAUUUGAUGCAUCAACUUCGACAUGCAAGCAAUUACUGUUUGUGGUACUCUCAAGUGUUGGACGCAAGAACUGAUGUACGGGACACAGCACAAAUGUUGGUAUUUAUACGGGGAAUAAACACUUGUUACGAGCUAACCGAAUAAUUACUUAGUUUUGAGUCACUCAAAGAGACAACAUAGUUCAGGAUGUAUUCAAUCUUUUAAGAACUGUGUUGAAAAAACUGGGUUGAUGUGGAGCAAGUUGGCGAGUAUAACAAUCGAUGGAGUGCAUGCUUUGCCUGGGAAAAACGAAGGUCUGGUGAAGAUGAUAAAAAAUAAAUUUAAAGAAGAAAAUCAUGAACAUGCACUCUUACAUCUCCACUGUGUCAUCCAUCAGGAAAGUAUAUGUAAAGCUGCGUUGACUGUCAACCCAGUUGUUAGUGGGAUUAACCUCAUCAGAGCCAGGAUACUUAACACACUCAGUUUAAGGCACUGCUUGAAGAUUUGUAAACUGAACAUUCUCAUAUUUUAACAACAGCAGUGUCUGCUUGCUGAGCCUGGGCAAGAUAUUAAAGCGAUUUUCCGAUCUCAAGGAAAAAAAUAGUUAUGUUAAUGGAGAGGAAGGUUAUUUAUUUAGACUUUGUUACAAACAUUGUAAAUAAAGAGAGGAAGUCAGACUUAAUUUUUGCCAUUGACAUUAUGAACAAGUUGAAUAAACUGAAUGUCUAACUUUAAGGCAAUAGCUUCUUUGCACAUUAAAUGUAUGUGCAUGUUAAAAAAAUUUUUUUAGGCAAAACUCUCCCUGUUCUCCAGGGAAGCAGUUGAAAAACAGCUUUUGCAAUUUUCUCUUUGCUGAAAAGUAAACACGUUUUCUGUUGAAAUGAAAGAAAAGUAAAAGGCUCAGUGUGGUGUCUUGGUUGUGGAAUUUAAAGGAGGUUCCAAGACUUCAAGGACUAGGAAUUACUUUUCAAUAUUUUGAGUUCGCAUUUAGUGCAGAAGCUGAUUAAGGCCCAGGGGAGAUACAAGCAGAUAAUGACCUGAAUGAGAAUUUCUAGUCAGUUCUUCUGCUGGAGUUUUAAGUAUCUUUGAAAGAAGCAGCAUUUCCACAAUUAUUUUAAAACUUUGCUGCUUGACUUAUGUCAAUAUUUGAGUCAACAUACAUCUGUGUGCAAGCUUUUUCUUGUAUAAAAAUAAACAAUUGUAUGGUCGAUGGUGACUUACUUUAACUUGAAUGAAAUUAUGCGAAUGACAACCAGUAAACUUGUUCCACAGUUCAAGAACAUUAUCCAAAACUGUGGCCAGUUAAAUAUUUCUCAUAAUUCGUUAAUGUGAAUAUUUAUGUUCAUCUCAGUAAUUGUAAUUGUACUCUAUGUCAGAUUGAAUGUAAACUAAAUUUCUCCUUCUUCAUAAUUUUUAUGACAGGUUACAAAUUCUUUUGUUGAAAUAAUUAUGAAUGGUAAUAUUUUAUUACCAAAUUAGACACUGUUUCAUUUUGUAUUCUAAAAUGUAAUGUGCAUGUUUAAAACAGAUAGAAUGUGAAAUAAAAUAGCAAAUAUAUGUAAUUGGUUUUUUACAUUAAUUCAAAUUUUCAUACGUUGAAAAUUGUUAUUGAAGCAGACAAAAUUUAUUUGCAGCUACCGAUGACAAUUACGUUUUUAAUGUGUAGCUCCGUCGACAAAGUUUGCCCACUCUUGGUCUAAAUAUGAUACAUUUACACAAAAAUGUAGAAUUAUUUUAAUUAUGAUAUUAAUAUCGUUUCAGCUAUUCUUCCAAAAUUUACAAGUACCUUGCGUUAAUUCAGAACAUAAUUCAUACAAGUGUGGAAAAGUUGACGAAAAUGUUGUGCAAUUUUCGUUCAAGUUGGUCGCUUUUCCAAGUUAUAUCAAUGCAACAGUUAUUGGAACCUUACAGGUGAAGUCAACUAAAAUCAGCAAAGCAGUCAUGGAUUUUCCAGCGUUAUUUGGUAAAAAGAUGUGUUAUAUAAAAAACAAUUUCUGUAUCUACACAAUUAUAAUAAAAAUUGUCUCGUGAUUUCGUGGCUGGAAUUAACUUGAGCAAAAAAUUUUUUUUUAAUUUAAACAUUAUUAUUAUAUUUUUUUUUUAAAUGUUGAAAUAUAACAGUAAAUACUCAGCUUACAAUUUCUUACAAUACUAAUGAAAUGAAUUUUAGAACAAAUAUUUAAUAACAAAACUAUUGUUCAUUGUGCAUACAAAGAAUCAUUCUAAACCGCGCAAAAUCGUGUUAAAAGAAAAGACAUUAAUCAAAGCCUUUGAAAAUUGUAACGUGAAUAGAAAAUUUACGUUCAGUUCUUAAAUAUUAUUUUAAACAUUGUAAUUUAACUAAGACGAAUUUCCUUCCAAAUGUGUCUACUGUAAGGAAUUCGAUGCUUAUUUAUUUGCUUUAUUACAAUGUCAUAAUACAUAUAUGACUAUAUAUAAAUACCAACCGAUAUACCUGGCGUAGCCCGGGAAUGCAUUUGGACCCCGAACCCAAUGGGACUUCAAUCCCAUUCUUACCAGGAUACCGGCACAAUUCCGUUUCCGGGUGUGAUUCCGAUCCCGAUGGGGUCCUAUUUUCUUGUGGCUCUUGAUCCAGGGGGAAUCCACAUCUCGUUGGGAUCCCAAUGGUGCCUAUUUAAUAACAUAACGUUUUAGUUAUGUCUGCUAUAAAAAUCACUCAGAUAAAUUAUUGAGUUAUAUUUAAAAUUUGUCCCAUUCAAAUCGGUUUUAAAAUGCCAUAGAUAUAGCUUUUUUUUAAUGAUCGAAUUUUCGAGAAAUUCCAGAUAAGUCUUGAAUAAAUUGGAUAUUAUUAGUUUUAAAUCUACAGAUAUUUCAUUAUAGACAAUGAGGGUAUUGCUACCACGCUAGGACUGUAGCCGUCAAUUUACAUAGAAACUAUAGUGUAGUCUAAGCUUAUUGAUAUUUAUAUUACUUAUGUAAGAAAAAUAAAUCGGGGCCCCCGGCCCCAUAGGAAUGGCUAUAAUGAGUUCAAUACCUUUCCGUAUUUGAAUAGGGAUAAUAAAGUGUAUGUGCUCUAAGUUUGGUUGAGAUCCAUUAAUUCAUUUAGGAUAAUUAGAAAUAGUCAUAUAUAGAACUUUCUAGAACAUUCUAGAUAAAAUGUUGAAUCCUUCUCGAAACUUGUUAAAAAAUGUCUUUUCUAAAAACCUAUAAAUCGUGUAGGAAAAAUUAUAUAUCUAAAUGCAUUAAUUUAACUAUAUUACAUUUAAGAUGAAUGAGGGGCCUCGGGGGCCCAUUCAAUAAUGUACCGAAUUAGUAUUGCCUGAGAUGGGGGCCCUAUAAAAAUCAUUCAGUAAAGUUAUGAAGUAAAAAUUUCAAACGUGUCCCAUUGAAAUCUAUUUGAUAAUGUAAUAGACAUAGCUUUUUAAAUUUAUCGAACUUUCUGGAAAAUUCUAGAUUGGAUAUUCUUAAUCUUAAAUCCACCGAUAUUUCAGUAAGGACGAUGAAGUUUGGCCUAUAUCCAUCAAUUCACAUAGAACCUAUACCGUUGUCUAACCCCAUUGAUAUUCAUAUAGCUUAUAGAAGGAAAAAUGAGCUGGGGCCCCGGCCCGAGAGAAAUGCAUAUUAUGAGUUCAGUACCCUUCUGUAUUUAAAUAUGGAUGAUCAUGUAUAUGUGUAAUGUAAUAAGUUUGGUCAAAAUCCAUUCAUUCAUGUAAGAGUAUAAGGUCUAUUGAUAUUUAUAUAGCUUAUAUUAGGAAAAAGGAACUGGGGCCCCCGGCCGCAGAUAAAUGGAUAUUAUGAGUUCAGUACACUUUAGUAUUUGAUAAUGGAUAAUAAAGUAUAUGUGUAUUAAGUUUGGUCAAGAUCCAUCGACUCAUGUAGGAAUAUUUGUUGUUAAUUUUAUUUAUAUAGCUCAUUUUAGGAAAAAACAAAUUCGGGCCCCUGGCCGCAAACGGAUUCUAAUAAAAAAAUGAUAACCGAUUAAGAGCUGCUUCCAGAUGAUGGAUAUAUGUGCACAUUUUGGUCAAGAUUAAUCAAUCCAUGUAAAAUCCUUUGUGGAACAAACUCACAAACAAAUAAACCAACCCACAAACUUUCACUUUUAUAUAUGAUAUGAUGUAUAUAUUUAUAUGUGUGUAUGUAUACUCGAAGGUUGUGUUUCCUUGUUAUCUUUUGUUUGUUGUAUUGUCUGUUUCUUGCUACUGCACACAUUUCUGCACAAAAUAUAGGAUUUAAUUCAUGCAUUAGUUGAACUUUGUUAGGAGGGGUAGAUAACAUUUAAUUACUUAAUAAGUAGCUGUUACUUUGUGUUUAAAAAUAAUAAUUUAAAAAACAACCUUACUUCAGUAAAUCAUUUCGUUUUAUUAAUAUACAUUUAUUCCAAUCUCUUACAAAUCUAUACCAUACAAUUUGUGUUUUGGUAAUACGCUGGCUUUAUUAGACAGUGUGCCCCAAACGGCCCUGCACGUCACUAAUCUUGAAAAAAAUAAUUUUAGCUUGUAUGAGAUUUUGCUCGGGGACAGAUCUCGAGGGCUCCUAAUAAAUUUAAAGGGUAAUGGGGAGAUUAAACUAUGGGGUCGGAAACUGUGCCACUUGUAUGAAACAUAAAAACUAUUUACUUCUAUUUUCAUUGCAUUUGACAAAGAAAAAACAAUAUCUUUAAAAAAAGUUAAAUUUUUACUAUUUGUAAUACCUUUUAAUAGCAGUCUUCUUAUUUUGUUUCACCAAAUGGUAUUCAUUUUUAAGCUAUUAAUAAUCUAUUAAAUAUGUUGUAUCUACACAGAAACAAUUGGCGUCAAGGGUGUUUUGUCCGUAAAUGGACACAGUUACACAACAGAUGAUUGUAGAAUAAACACUACUUCAAGUGAUUUACAUAUUCAAUUUGCGUGUAUAAGUGCAGUGAAGCCAUGUCGGAUAGAGAUGGUUUUAAAUGGAUCCAGACACAUUAAUGCAUCUGAUUAUGUGGAAACGAAAGUUACUCUAGACGACGAGCAAUUCAUCCAUAUACAUAUUAACUAUGCUGCUUGCACACUUGAGCAGAAAAUAAAACAUUUCAACUGUGUGGUAAGAUUGGGUAAGGGAUUUUUUUUUAAAUUUAAUGUAAUAUUUUAUUAAAAAGGAUAAUCUAAUAUUAAAUUAAAUUGUUACACGUGAAAAAAUAAUCCAUAUGAGACGCUGCUAUUCUCAUAUAAUUCACAAAGCAAUAGCUUACAAAAAGCUGAUUUGGUGAUGAUUCCCAAACUCAUUUAAUAUAAUUAGGUAUAAAAAAAUUAAAACAUAAUAUUUUGCUCGGUUUACCCCAGAGCAUUCUUUAUUUUUGGAACAGAAUCAUGCGAUAUUUGUAAUAAUGUACCCACUCAUCUAUAAAACUAUAGUGGGUUUUUAUGUUGUUUCUUUGGUCUUUUAAUUGUACUUUUAUUUCCGAUUAUAAACUAUUACGAUUUUUUUUUUUUAAGCAGCUAAUCUUUGUGUUUAAUAAAAAAACCACAUUAACUUGUAAAAUGUUAUUCUAUGAAAUACCAGAAGUAUAAAAACAUUGUUAGAAUUGAGUUUUAAUGUUAGAUCAGUUUUAUUCAUUAUUAAAGAUUUUGCCUGCCGAGUCUAAAAAACGUCUUACAGACAUUUUCCUAAAAUUGUGACCCCCGCAACAGCAUGUCACGUGAAUCUAAAACUCGAAAAUAACUUUUAAAAAAUUAUUUAAAAUCUUUAAAUUUAAUUUUGUAAAUAUAUUUUUCUUUCAUUUUUAUAAUUAAUUAAAAAUAAGUAUAUACAUAACAAAUAAACUCUUUAUAGGCCAUUAUAAUCUACGUAUAUAUUUAUACGCUCUCAAUAGACGAGAAAACUUUAGGCCCAAUAACAUUCUCUAAUUUAAUUAUCACCCAUCAUAAUAUUUCAGUAAACGAAAUGAUGCAAAGGAAUAUUCAUUUUUUAGAAAAUUAAAAAAAAAAAUGCAGCAUAAGGGAUCUGGAACGUAUGCAUUUUUAUUCCGGACGAGCAAAAAAUCUGUUGUUGCGUAGAUAGACAGCUACCAUACCAUGGUUGAUUUUAUUAUUUUUUUAUUAAAAUCUGGGGAUUGGUGAAUGGAUACUUUCAUUUUUCCUCAAGUGAGCACACAAUACGCUUUGGAAUAAAGGAAUGAAUUGAUAAAUAAUUAACUUUCUUAGAUACAUUUAUAUCGCAGGUUAGGUAAUAAGGUUGAUUUUAACGGGGUUGGCAAUAUAUUUAAAUCAUACUAUGUUUCUAUCAUUUAAAGUUAUGUUACAUUCACAUUUUAGAAAUAAACUAAUUUUUAACAAUUAAGAAAAUCAAUAGCGUUUACCAAAGACGAAUGUAUUGAAAUGACGUGUACAAUCAUGCUCAUCAAUAUGAAACCAAAUCAAUUACAAAAAUAACAAUUUAAUCUUAAAAUUAGAGCAAUUCAAAAAAUUAAGUUUAAGGGCGUUAACAAAACAUGGGUACGGUUUUUCUUUCCAAAAAUGAAAUUAUUUUUUUUUUCUUUUGCGAAAGGUAAAGAGAUUAAAUAUUUUUAUGAGAUUAAAAACAUUUCCCUUUAAAAAAAAAAAAAAAAGGUUCCCAGCUGUUAGAUUACUGGUGUAAAAUAUCAGUUAAGAUAUUUUUCUAUGCAAAUAAAAAAAGUCUUUUUUAAAAAAAAAAAUAUUUUUUUUUUCUUUUGCGAAAGGUAAAAAGAUUAAAAAUUUUUAUGAAAUUAAAAACAUUUCCCUUUAAAAAAAAAAAAAAAAGGUUCCCAGCUGUUAGAUUACUGGUGUAAAAUAUCAGUUAAGAUAUUUUUCUAUGCAAAUAAAAAAAGUCUUUUUUUUUUGGUUAAUACAGUAGAAAAAAAAAGCAAAAUGUUUGUUUAACAUUGUAUUUAAGAUGGCAAUAUAUAUACCAUUCCAUAAUAUAAAAUAGAAUGUAAAUGGUAUAUAGAGUUUGUUUUGGUGUAUAUUUAAGAUUAUAUUUUUCAUUAGAGGAAAAAGAAUGUAGUUCAGGGUCAUGAAGUUUGGUGUCGCAGGCCCAACAAUCAGAAAUUAAAAAAAGACAAAAAAACUUUCCUCUAAAGUAUUUAUCUAACCUAGAAAUCAGCCGUCAAUAAACUUAUUAAUUUACAAUAAUGAUAUACUUGUGAUCAUUUAUAUUGCAAAUUUAAGAUCGUGGUUAGACAAAGAAAAUGUAUUUUAUGACCACUAAAAGGGGUAGGUUUGGCUUAAAAUAUAUGACAGACAUAUAGGCCUACUUCAUAAAAAAAUUUUUUGUUAGUAAGGUAACAUCAUUAUAUAGAAAUGUAUUAUUAUAAAAAUGAAAAGUAAUUGUGAUGAUUAUUUGCUGUAGGGUGUAAAAAGUAUCUCAAUUUGCCUAUCCCGAUGAAAUCAGGUUAUACAUUCCAGUGUUAUAUAUACAAAUAAUGUAAGUAUCUCUUGUGUGUGUUCUCAGGAUUAUUAACCUCACUUAAAGAAGACAACGAAUUGGGCAUCAUUAUCGGAAGUGUUUUUAGUGCAGCAAUUUUAAUCGGUGCAAUAAUAUUCGCAAUUUUUUGGAAAAGAAGAAAGAAAUGGUAAGAUUAAUUUUUUUAAACGUUUCUAAAUAACGUAUAUAUAUAUUAUUUGUGCACCCAUUCCGCAUUUUUUUUUUUUUUUAGUACCCAACUGCACUGUUAUUUGCCGGCCGGAACAGUUAUCGGAGAUAAUGGAAUAUUUUCAAAUGUUGAUUCUAAAAUCCUUAUCUAUAUUUAUUUAUUAAAAAAUUACUUUUUUUUACAAAUAUAUAUCAUUAAAACUAUUUAAAUAUAAACCCAGUUUUACUACAAAAUAAAAGUAUUUCUUUUAUGACAUAAUAUUUAUUAUGGGAGAAUAUAAUUCAAGCCUUCAAUUAAGUACAUGUAAUUUCAUAUAUCUUUUACCGUUAAUAUAUGCUUCCUAAAAUGUAACAUUUAAUUCUCGUACUUUGUUCUGGUAAUAUUACAAAAAACAGGAAAUCUAGUUGUUUCAGUUGUUUGGAAUCGAAUGAUCAAAAAAUUAGGUAACAAAUUUGAUUUUUAAAAAUUUAAUAGAUGCAUAGUGCCUAUAUAUAUUUAUAUAUUAUUUUGGAUAUUAAGUAAUAAUUUAAGGUUUUUUUUCCUUAAAUUAAAGUAUACUAUUAUACAUUUAUUGUUUCAUUUAAAGCAUAUAUUUUUUAAAAAAUGCAUUUAAUGAAAAAGCAUUUAUUAUUCUAUCAUUUUAUAUAGAAAUUUUAUUUAAUUUGUGCACAAUUUUUUUUUAACGAUAUUUUCUUUCUAUUUUUUAACAAUACUUUGCAGAUUUCCAUUUAAUCUAAGCCAUUUCUUCUGGCAUUGUCUAAUUAUAUUAAUAUUUAUGAAUUUAAGCUAAUACUAAUACACAAUAUAAAUUCGGCAAUUUGUUUGUAAUUAUGUAAUUUUGUACUAAAUUACCAUUUAACUUCAUGAUGUUAUUAUUAUUAUUUAACAGGCAAGCUGGCGAAUGCGAGCUUCUGACAGGUAUUUACAAUUUUAAUGUGUUUUUUUUAAAAAGUCAUUUGAAAAACCACUUCAUAAAAAUAAACGAAUAUAUUAUUUUAUUUGUCAAUGGUUUAAACUUUUAUAAACGCUUACAUAGCAUGUUAUUUUUACAUUAAUUAAUGCAUACUCAAUGUGUAGAACAGUGGUAUUUUUCAAUUUGGUGCUGACUAGCUAUAAAAAAAAAAACGAAGUUUCUACUCGUCCGGCGCGCCGGACAAAUAGUGUGGGAGAUUUACGUCCGACGAGCAUGUCACGUGACCGCCGGAUGACUAGUAGGCGUAAUUAUUCCGAAGGAAAUAUCUGUUAGAAGAUCUUGUGUGGUCAUGUGGUAGUGUGGCCGCAUGACGAUAUUUUACUUGUGAACCCUAUUUUUCACACGUUUUAAUUAAAAAUAUUUUACAUUAUAUUUAUAUUAUCAUGUUCAUCAGCAUCAGUGGUUUUAUGAGAAGUUUUAAAAUAUUUUUAGCAAUUUAAACAAUUUAAAAUAUUUACUUUACAAUUAAAAAUAUUUUUCUUGUAUUGGUUGCCUACUCCAUACUGAAUACUGGCCCCUAAUUUUAUUAUGGGUUGCUGGUACACAAACUCAAAUAACAAACUAAACAAAAAUGUUUACAAGCAACUUUCACUUCAGUUUUUUUCUAUCAUUUGCAUUCAAGAUGUACAUUACUUGGUAGAGAAAUAGAUUUUAAAAUUAACAAUAGUUUUCAAUCAUUCGCGGUCACGUGACAAAGCUGCUGGACAAAAUAUCUCUCGCCACUUUGUUACGGCGGUCAUGUGACUUGGGCACCGGACAAAUAAUAAUAAUAAUAAAGUUCAUUUCAAAAACACGCUUCAUCCCCAAAGGCUCGAAGCGCGGUACAAAGUCAACAAAAAACAUAUCUAUAAUUUACCACAUUUAAAACAAACGCAACACUACAAAAACUAAUUACAAGCAUACAAUGGCAAAGUCUUUCUAGCAAUUUCAACCCGAAGCAACACAGCCAUUAUGCAUUAACUGGAAAAUAAAAUAGUGCGGAAGAUAUACAUCCGGCGCGCCGGACACAUAGACACUGCCUAAAAAAAAGUUAUUUAGAACAAAUUGAGAUCCACCACAUUUCUAUAUUUUAUUUUAUUUUAUAAAGGUGUAUAUUUGUUAAAUUUCGCAUUACAUUUAUUCCGAAUAAACGCCUAAAAUAGUGGGUUUUUUUUAUCUUGAUGCGGAGAUUAGUAAUUUAACUGUGAAAUCAAAUAGACAGAAGACGCUAUAACUUCGCUUUGCAUCAUGGAACGUAACUGCCAUGUACCCUAAAUUUAACAAGAAAUUAUAAUAGCGCAAUAGCCUAACUUUUUUUUUAUAAUAAGGAACGCGUCAUGCUUAAACUUGAUAUUGCAUAACUUAAAAAAUGACCCAGCUAGCAAUUCGUGGUAAACCAGUUAAUCAAACUACGCAUCGUAUUGGGGAAGUCAUUAGACGCAUAAAUAUAGCACAUUGUUUGGAUUCACUGUUUAAAAAAAAAAAAAAAACCUGGUUUUAAACAUUGAGUAAUUUUCAUUAGAUUCGGAGAGAACUGUGUAUAUCAACUACUUUACAAAAGGCCACCCUAUUAAGCGUGUAUGAUCCUUAUUUUCUGGAGACACAAGAUGAGAAUGUUAUUUUCUGCGAUGUCAUAAAAAGGUUUGGGAAACAUUAUUUAAAAUAUUAAAUGAUUUUGAUAUUAACAAAUUACUCUUUUUAAUAAAUAAAAAACAAAAAAGAAAAGUAAUUAAAGAAAAUUUUUUAAAAUUUAUUUGUACCGAUUUGAUUCAUAUCUUUAGAGCUGCCCGGCCACAUUGUAAUUGGUAAAAAUGUGUUCUUUGAACACCUAUCCACAAAAUCAAUUUUUGCUGUUUUUAAAAAAAAAUGAAAUAUUAAGUUGAUAAUAACUGUGCUAAAUGGGAUUCUUUUUUUAAUAUCUAAAUUGCGUUUGCUGCUAAUAUUAUGUUUUAGUUUUCUAAAAUUAUGGGGGAAAUAAUUAGGCGGUGUAAAAGUUGGCGUGUAAUAAGAAUAUUAAUAUACUUUAAAGGCAUGAAAAGUUGGCGGUUGCGAGUUUUGAUGGGGAAGGUGCAGAGCACUAAUUUAGAUUCUAAUAAAAUGGGUUACUUUUAUGUAUAUUGUGUCCAAUUUUUAGCCACACCCUUCAUUGCUCGAUAUUACAUCUUAUAAUUUGUUUUGAAAAAGUUUGUUUAAUUUUACAUUUAAUGUCUCCAUAAAAUAUGUUUAUAAGAAUUACUAAUAUUUUACUGAUACAUAUAACCAAAAAUUUAUGCUUUCAAAAUUUAAAAAAAAUUAAUGUGUUUAAACGAAUAUAUAAUUUAAAAUUAAAUUUAUACCCCAUCUCUUGCCAUCUAAUUUUACAAUCCUAACCGGCGGUACUUCAAUUUCACCUUAUAUAUUUUGUCUGAAAAUAUUUUCAUGGAUAUACUUUAUGUACGGUACCCAGAAUCUCAAUAUUAUGUAGGUUAAAUGUUGGCUGCGACUAUUCUUUCUUGUAUACCAGAAGUGAGAGUUUGGGCUUAAAAACCUAUUAAACAUAUUAUUGUUGAGUUGUAAGACACAAUGAGGUAUCAAAUAAAAGAUAAUUGAAUGGACUAUGUUUUAGUAAACUCACUUCUUCAGUUUAGCUAAAAUAAACUACCGCAAAUGACAUCCGAAUAGCUUGAGUCUAAUUGGACCUGUGUGCGAAUGACGGUGCUGCGUGUCUGGCUCCAUUUUGACUCACUGCUAUUCGGAUGUCAUUUGUUGUAGUUUAUUUUAGUUAAACUGAAGAAUUAAGUUUUACAUGCAGUCCAUUCAAUUAUCUUUCAUCUGAUACUUCAUUUUGUCUUAAAAAACCCAACAAUAAAAUGUUAAAUAGUUUUUAAAUCCCAACCUCUCACUUCUGGUAUCAGGGUACAAAGAGCAACUUCGAUAAAUGUUUGGAAAAUAAGAAAGCAUUUCAUCGACUUUGCGAGUGAGCAUAUGUGAUACUUGGGCUAGCCAAAUUGUUAUUGUGUUACUACAUCUUUAUCGUAGUAAAUGUUUGGAGAAUCACCCAAGAUUGCAACAAAAAAAAACUCUCGUUAUUUUUUUUUAAAUGUUUAAUUUUUUAUUUUUUUUGACAAGUAAAUAAAGGAGAAUGCCAUUCCCCUCCGUUCAUAUAGGACCUGAACCAAACACUUUACUAAACUAUGUAAAUAAUGAAAUUAUUUUAUUCAAACAUUCCAAUAUAUUUCUGAACACCAUUCCAUGAUACAACUUUGUAGUGUAAUAAAAGCCUGUAAUAAUCAAUACUUCAAUACAUAGCAGAGAGGAUUAUUUAGGAGGUACUUAAAAAAGUGUUUUUUUUUAAAUUAUUUUUUUUAAAGUUAAAAAUCUAAAUGAAAGUAUUAUAGCGGGUUUAAAACGUGUUAAAAUUGUCGAUUCCCAUCUUGAUUUGAAAAAAAAAUACAUAGUACCUCAUCUUGAAUUAAUUUUUUUUCCUUUCAAAAUACAUACAAAAUAUGUAUACAAUUUAAUUUACUGUGAUUCAAUUGGUUUUUUGCCCCCCCCCCCCCUUAUAUAUAUCGUUCUCAUUUCAAGUGAUGUCACCAUUGGCUAGGAUCACCCUCAUUAAACAAAGAAUGAAAACCUCUACAACCUUAUUUAUAUUGUUUUAAAUAAAAAAUAUUAAUAUCACAUGUUCAAUUUUAUGUAUAAAAUUUCUUGUUAAAAAGCAAGAGAUAAUAGUUUAGAAAGAAACUGAAAAAAAAAAUUUUAAGGUGUAAUAAAUUUUGACAUUUUGAAAACUGUUAAACCAAGAAAAUGUCCUUACCUAAUUUUUCGUGAGACAAAAAAUAAUAAUGGGGAAAAUAACUAUAAAAUAAACAUUUUAUUACAUAUAUAGUUUCUUAAAUUUUAAAUUCUUUGUGGCAUAAUUUCUUUUAUUUGAAAACUAAAUAAAUAUGGAUAAAUAUGUAAUGAAAAAAUAAAUUCUUAAAUUGGCUUAUAUCUUUUUUCAUAUCAGAAAAAAAGAAAAAUGUGCACUCAUUGAAUUUUAAAUAAUUUGUUUAAUAAUUAACAUCUUCAGAUAAGCCCGAAAUACGAAUUUGAUAAGUUAUUCAUUUUAAAGAAAUCAGCACUCUUUUUUUAAUACAUGCAAUUAAUACAAAACUGAUUAAAAAUGACAAGUUUUAACUAAGUUCUUUCCAUCCAUGCCUAGCUCUGUUUGAAAUUAUAUUUAUAUACCUCACAUAGGAAAAAAACGAAUUUAGGGCAACUGACUCAAUUUGGAAAAUUUUUAAAUGCUUGAAAUAAUUUCAAAUCCUUUUGCACACAACAUCCAACUAACGUUCUAGCGCUUUCAGAUAAAUGCUAUAGGAGGGCAUACGGAAUUUUUUUUUAACAAAGCUUAUGAAAGAAAAUAAAUGAAUUUAUGUCCAACGGACAAAUAAAAAAAAUAUUAUAAAAAGUGUAUAAUAAUAAUAAUAAUAAUCAAGUUCAUUUCAAAAACACCUUUUAUCCCCAAAGACUUGAAGCGCGGUACAAAGUCAACAAAAAACAAAUCUAUAAUUUACCACAUUUAAAACAAACGCAACACUACAAAAACUAAUUACAAGCAUACAAUGGCAAAGUCUUUCUAGCCAUUUCAAUCCUAAGCAACACAGCCAUUAUGCAUAAUGACACGUAAUAAUGCGCAGCUUUGUGGAAAACAACUCUCUAAAGUUUUAUUGCAAUUGCGUGAAUGGUGUACUAGGGCAUAUUUUUAAAAAAAUGUGUUUUUAUAGCUUAUAUUAGAAAAAAAAAUAUAGGGCCCCUGGCUUAAAAAUGAAAUUCUAAAUUGUUGAACAUUUAAAAACCUUUGCGGGCGUAUGCACAACAUAAAUAUCACUAAAGUUUUAUCACAUUCUGAUAAAUGGUAUAGAAGCUUAUACGGAAAUUAUUUUUAGAAAGCUCAUAAAAGAAAGAAAAAAUUAAAGGGCCAAAAGCCCAAAACAUAAUUUUUUAAAAGAGUUAUAAUGACUAAAAAAUGAGCAUGCUUGUGGACAACAACUCAGUACAGUCUUAUUGCAAUUGCUUGAAUGGUGUAGGUGGCAUACAGUUUGAAUUUAUUCAGACACAUCUUGUAAGAAAAAACGAACAAGGACUUUAGCUCAAAAACGCAAUCUUUUAAAAACAAUAUAAUAAUUCAACAAUCUUUGCGCAGACGUGCGUGCAAAAUCGCACAAAAGUUUUAUCGCAUUCGGCUAAAUAAUAUAGGAGCGCAUACUAAAAUUGUUUUUUAAAAAGCUCACGUAAAAACUGAACUAUGGGCCAACGGCCGAAAAAUUAAUAUGUUAAAAGGGGUCUAAUGACUCAGAGCAUGCGCAGGCUUGUGCAAAACAACGGACCAAAGUUUUAUCACAAUCGCAUGAAUGGUGUAGGAGCGCAUACGGGAAAUACAUACAUACAUACAUACAGACACACAUUCAUUGUUAUAAUCAUAGAUAACGUAAGAAAAAUUUAGCCUUGAAAUCAAGUCAAUCAGCGCAACGAAACUCCAAAGCCAAAUUGCAUUCACCAAUCCAGAGUUUUUGAUAUAAAUUAGAGGAAAGGUUUUUCUAAAAAAAUUGUGAUAAAAAAGUUGUAAUUCAAGGGAACGAAAAGGGUAAAUUUAAAGUAUUUCUCUAGCGUAAUGGUUGUCCCUCAAAUAAUUACUUAGUGACAUUGUGUUAUAUUUAAUGAUAAUUAAGACUGGGUAAGUUAAGGUUAUGUUUUGAGGGAGAAAAAUAGCUUAGAAGCUUGACAGGGGGGUACACGUAUCAUAUAAAGCGGGUAAACACUUCUCAAAACUUAAUGAUGUUAGAAACGUAAAUAUUAGUACAUUUUAAAAGUUAUGAAUUGAGAUGAGUAUUUGCAGAAGCAGUUAAAAAUUAUUGCAAAAGACCUACCAUUAUUAUCCGGUUAACAAUGGAUAAUUUAUUAUAGUACUAGCCAAUAUACACUGCGAUGUACGGUAUUGCAUUAGGACCCCGAUCAUGGUAAGACCCCAAUCCAAAGGGGAUGCCAAGUGGAUCCAAAUCCCGGUCUGACACUGAUCCCGGCACAAUUUCUUUUCCCAGUGUGAUUCCGUUCCCAGCAAGGUCCCUCGGGACUCUCUUUUCCAAUGUUGUCCCUUUUCCUGAUAGAAUCCAGAUCCCGGUUUGAUCGCAUUACCCGAUGUGAUCCCGAUGGGAUCGCCUAACCAAUGGGAUCAAGUUUACUAUUGGAUCGCAUUCCCCAUUAGGUCCUGUUAUACUUUGGAAUCAUGCUCAGUGCUAUAUUGUUCAAAUAAGCUUUCAGAUCCCAUUAUCGAUUCCCGUAGAACAUUAAAGAACCUUCUGGAAUAUUCUAGAUUAAAAUUAAAUCUUCCAUUAAAAUCGGGUAAAAAAAACUUUUCUGCGUAAUUAUUUCUCGAAUGCAAAUUAUUAUACAACUUAAUUGUACUACUAUAAGUAUAGUAAAUUAAAAUUGAAAUUGGCGUCCCUUUGGGGGCCCAUUUAAUAAAAUACCGUUUUAGGUAUGUCUGAGAUGUGUGGAAAAAGGGGGGGGGGUAAAAAAUCAUUUGGAACAAUUAUAGAGUUAAAAUUUAAACUUUGUCCUAUUAAAAUCGGUUUAAAAAUGCCAUAGAUGUAGCUUUUUUAAAUUAUCGUACGUUCUAGAAAAUUAUACAUAGCCCCUGCAUUGAUUGGAUAUUCUUAGUUUUAAAUCCACCGACAGUUCAAUUAGAACGAUGAAGCGUAUGGACAUCAAGGUUGCCCUAUAUCCAUCAAUUCACAUAGAAUUUUCAGUGUUCAAUAAUAAGCCUAUUGAUGUUUAUAUAGCUUAAAUAAGGAAAAAUGAAAUAGUGCACCCGGCCUCAGAAGAAUGGAUAUUAUGAGUUCAUUAUCCUUCGGUAUUUGAAUAUCGAUAAUCAAGUAUAUGUAUUGUAAAGUUAGUCAAGAUUCAUCUAUUCACGUGGAAGUACUAAGCCUAUUAAUAUUUUUAAGGCUUAUAUUAGAAAUGAAGAAACUGGGUCCCCGGACACAAAGCAAUGGGUAUUAUGAGUUCAAUACACUUCAUUAUUUUAAUAUGGAUAAUAAAGUGUAUGUAGACUAAGUUUGAUCAAGAUUUUUUCUACUAAUGUAGGAGUAAUUGUUGUUAAUUUUAUUUAUUUAGCUCAUACAAAAAAAAAUAAGAAUUCGGGGUCUCCAGCCCCAAACGGAAUGUUAUAAAAAGUUUAUAAACCCUUAAGAGGUUAUUCUGGAUCAUAAUGGAUUGAUGAGCUAAGUUUUAUCAACAUCCAUCAAUCCAUAAAAAAGCCUUUGUUGAAUAAAAAAGCCACAAAUCCACAAAUUCACAAACGUUCAUUUAUUUAUAUAUAUAUAUAUGAUAUAAGAAUUGGCUAUAGUGACAUAACGAGAAGGCCAAAUAUAUUUUGAUACGUUCAGAUUCUUAAAAACUAUCAUAGUUAUUUUCUAUUAUUUUACGAAAAUUGAAUAAAUUUGCAUGCGCAAUCUCUUAUGAUCCACCCGCUUUCACACCGCAGAUUUAGUGCACCAACUAUUUCAGACAAACACAAGAAAACGCAACAAACGCAAUUGAGGAAGAUUUAAGCAUUAUUAAAACAAAUUACAACUAUAUUUAAAGUAACAACCAAGGAAAUAUGUUAAGCAUUUUAACCGAAUGUAAAAGUUAUGAAAAAAAGUAUUAAGCAAAAUAUAUGAUCUAAGAAUUGCAUCAUUUCCAUAUUUAUCAGAAAAACCCAAAUUGUCUGUUAUUCCUGGUGUGUAAUUUAGUGCGUUUUAAUAAUAAAAAAUAACAUUAAUUUGAUCUAAAUUAUUACGCAAAUGACGUCAUAGUGUAUUGCCUCUUUUUAGCCACAGCUCCAAGUUGUUGUUGUUGUUGUUAUUUAAAAAUAAUUUUGCUUGACAAAACUAAUAAUAUAUUUUCCCAUUCUUAAAAGUAAAAGUAAUGCAUAUAAUAGAUUGAUUUUUAAAUUUCCUAAAAUUUUCUAAAAUUAAAUACAACUUAACUUUGUAUAUUAAACAUUUCAUAAGAUAUAAUUUUAAUUCUCUAAAAACAUAUACUUUCAUGAAAUUUAUAAAGUUGCAAAAAAAGUAUUCUUUAAAUAUACUUUAUACGAAAGUGCCGUUUAAUGCAAUCUGUGCAGCGAAACUACAUAUUCAAAAAACAUUUACUAAUGCGUUAAAACUCAUCCAAAUAAGAACAAAACAUUUGAAAUGCAAAAAAAAAAAAGUAUUAUCGUAGGUAAGAGAGUUAAAAUCCCGUGGAUGAUUUUAUUAAUUUUUUGAAACACUGUUAUGGGAGUGGGGAGGGGAGGGAAGUAAUACUAUAGUUUAAUUUGCCCAAUGCAGCAUACAAUACGUCUUAAACAGUAAUUGCCAAAAAUUAACCGUCUAAGGUACAUAUAUAUUAUGGGAGUUAGGAAAUAAGGUGUGUACAAUUUUACUUAGAUGACAAUAUCUUUAAAUCCAAAGAUAUUAAAUUCGUCAAAACAAGAUGCUUUAUUCUCAUUUCACAAAUUAAGAAAAUCAAAGACGUAAUAAUACUUAAGUACAUUUUCACAAUUUUACCAAUGAAUAUGAAAUAAAAUAAAAAUGAAUUUAUUAGAUACUAGAUAGAUAGUUAGAUAGAUAGAUAUAUAGAUAGAUAGAUAGAUAGAUAGAUAGAUAGAUAGAUAGAUAGAUAGAUAGAUAGGUAGAUAGGUAGGUAGGUAGGUAGGUAGGUAGGUAGGUAGGUAGGUAGGUAGGUAGGUAGGUAGGUAGGUAGAUAGAUAGGUAGGUAGAUAGAUUGGUAGGUAGAUAGAUAGGUAGGUAGAUAGAUAGGUAGGUAGGAAGAUAGGUAGGUAGGAAUAUAGGUAGGUAGGAAGAUAGAUAUGUAGGUAGAUAGAUAGGUAGGUAGGUAGAUAGAUAGGUAGGUAGAAAGAUAGAUAGGUAGAAAGAUAGGUAGGUAGAUAGAUAGGUAGGUAGAUAGAUAGGUAGGUAUAUAGAAAAGUAGGUAGAUAGGUAGAUAGGUACAUAGAUACAUACGUACAUACGUACAUACAUACGUACAUACAUACGUACAUACAUACAUAGAUAGAUAGAUAGAUAGAUGGAUGGAUGGAUGGAUGGAUGGAUGGAUGGAUGGAUGGAUGGAUGGAUGGAUGGAUGGAUGGAUGGAUGGAUGGAUGGAUGGAUGGAUGGAUGGAUGGAUGGAUGGAUGGAUGGAUGGAUGGAUGGAUGGAUGGAUGGAUGGAUGGAUGGAUGGAUGGAUGGAUGGAUGGAUGGAUGGAUGGAUGGAUGGAUGGAUGGAUGGAUGGAUGGAUGGAUGGAUGGAUGGAUGGAUGGAUGGAUGGAUGGAUGGAUGGAUGGAUGGAUGGAUGGAUGGAUGGAUGGAUGGAUGGAUGGAUGGAUGGAUGGAUGGAUGGAUGGAUGGAUGGAUGGAUGGAUGGAUGGAUGGAUGGAUGGAUGGAUGGAUGGAUGGAUGGAUGGAUGGAUGGAUGGAUGGAUGGAUGGAUGGAUGGAUGGAUGGAUGGAUGGAUGGAUGGAUGGAUGGAUGGAUGGAUGGAUGGAUGGAUGGAUGGAUGGAUGGAUGGAUGGAUGGAUGGAUGGAUGGAUGGAUGGAUGGAUGGAUGGAUGGAUGGAUGGAUGGAUGGAUGGAUGGAUGGAUGGAUGGAUGGAUGGAUGGAUGGAUGGAUGGAUGGAUGGAUGGAUGGAUGGAUGGAUGGAUGGAUGGAUGGAUGGAUGGAUGGAUGGAUGGAUGGAUGGAUGGAUGGAUGGAUGGAUGGAUGGAUGGAUGGAUGGAUGGAUGGAUGGAUGGAUGGAUGGAUGGAUGGAUGGAUGGAUGGAUGGAUGGAUGGAUGGAUGGAUGGAUGGAUGGAUGGAUGGAUGGAUGGAUGGAUGGAUGGAUGGAUGGAUGGAUGGAUGGAUGGAUGGAUGGAUGGAUGGAUGGAUGGAUGGAUGGAUGGAUGGAUGGAUGGAUGGAUGGAUGGAUGGAUGGAUGGAUGGAUGGAUGGAUGGAUGGAUGGAUGGAUGGAUGGAUGGAUGGAUGGAUGGAUGGAUGGAUGGAUGGAUGGAUGGAUGGAUGGAUGGAUGGAUGGAUGGAUGGAUGGAUGGAUGGAUGGAUGGAUGGAUGGAUGGAUGGAUGGAUGGAUGGAUGGAUGGAUGGAUGGAUGGAUGGAUGGAUGGAUGGAUGGAUGGAUAGAUAGAUAGAUAGAUAUUAUUACUAAUCACAUACAAAAUCAGUUUUAUUGUUUGUUGAGCCUUCUCGUCCAUGAGGGGCAUCCACCGAUCAUCGUCGGCGUCUGCGGUUCCUCCAAGGGCAUAGGCCACCUACGAGAGACCUCCAGGCAUCUUUAUUUUGGACCAGCUUCUCCAGGAUCUUCCAUUCAUGGCCAAUUUUCUUGAUGUCUGUCUCCAAUUCUCGGCGCCAAGUUUUUCUUGGACGGCCUCUUUUCCGCUUACCCUGUGGGUUCCAUUUCAGGGCUUGCUUUGUUAUGUUAGAAGCAGGUUUUCUUAGUGUAUGACCAAUCCACCUUCACCACUCCUGGAGAAUCUCUUCCUCAAUGGUUUUCAGUUUUGUCCGCUGCCACAGUUCCUGUUUGAUGAUUUUGUCUGGCCAGUGAAUUCUGAGAAUCCUUCUUAGACAGUUGUUGAUGAAGGACUGGAUUCUGGUCAGGUUUACGGCCGUUGUUCUCCAUGUCUCGGCUCCAUAUAGCAGCACAGGUUUUACUCUUGUUUAUCUACCAUGCUGCCAAGGUAAACAAAACUGUCCACCUCCUCAAGGGCUUCUCCUUCAAGCAUAAUGGGUGAUGUACUGGUGGCAUUAACCUUGAGGAUUUUACUCUUCCCUUUGUGAAUGUUGAGACCCAUGCUAGCAGAAGUGGCUGCGACAAUGUUUGUUUUCUCCUGCAUCUGUUGUUGGGUAUGUGCAAGAAGUGCAAGAUCAUCAGCAAAGUCAAAAUCAUCCAGUUGAUCCCACAAGGUCCAUUGGAUGCCAUUUCUUUUCUGCUGUGUAGAUGCUUUCAUCACUCAGUCAAUGGCUAACAGGAAGAGGAAUGGUGACAGCAAGCCACCUUGUCUCACACCAGUCUUCACCUGGAAAGCAUCUGUCAACUGCUGGCCAUAGAUAACUCGGCAGUUUAUCCCUUCGUACAUGUUUCUGAUUAUAUCAGUAAUCUUCUGUGGCAUCCCGUAAUGCCUUAGCAAUCUUAACAGGGUUUGCCUGUCAACACUGUCGAAGGCUUUUUCAUAGUCAACAAAGUUGACAUAGAGCGGCGAGUUCCACUCUAGUGACUGCUCUAGAAUGAUGCGCAGUGUCGCUAUCUGGUACGUGCAGGAUCUGUUGGUGCGAAAUUCGGCUUGUUCGUCCCGCAACAGAGGGUCUACAGCGUUUUUCAUCCUGUUAAGUAGUACACGGUUGAAAACCUUUCCUGGGAUGGACAGCAGGGUGAUCCCUCUGUAGUUCGAGCAGGAGCUUAAGUCUCCCUUCUUUGGGAUCUUGAUAAGGUAUCCCUCUUUCCAAUCGGAAGGAACUUGCUCCUCUUCCCAUAUCUUCAUAAACAGAGGGUGUAGCAUUUCCACACUGGUUUCCAGGUCCGCCUUCAGUGCCUCUGCUGGGAUGCCAUCAGGUCCCGCAGCCUUUCCAUUUCUGAGUUGUUUAAUGGCCCUGCUAAUCUCUUCUUUGGUGGGGCUAUUACAGUCAAUUAGCAGGUCAUUAUCGGCUGGUUGGAUAUCUGGUGGAUUUCUUGGUUCAGGCCUGUUCAGGAGCUCUUCAAAGUGCUCCUUCCAUCUCCCUCUCUGUUGCUCCUCACUUGGUAUGGUGUUUCCCAUUUUGUCCUUCACUGGUCUCUCUACCUUGCUAAAUUUCCCUGACAGCGUCUUAAUGGUAUCAAACAGUUCCCUCAUGUUCCCCUGGUGAGCUGCAUCCUCUGCUUCUUUAGCAAGUUUAUCAACAAAUUCCUUCUUGUCCCUCUUGAUGCUUUUCUUAACUUCCUUAUUUGCAUCUGCAUACUCCUUCUGGGACUUGUUUUUCUGUGCUCGGGUGCGGCUGUUAUUCACUUCUGAUUUCUUUCUUUUCCUUUCUUCUAUUUUAUUCAGCGUACCUGCUGUCAUCCAUUCUUUGUGUGCCUUUUUCCUGUUUCCUAGCACUUCUUGACAUGUUGACUGGACUGUUUCUUUCAUGCUUUGCCACUUUCCUUCGGUGGUUUCAUCUUCAAGUAUUUCUUGUAGGACUUGGAACUUAUUGAAUAGUGAGAUUCUGAAUUCUUCCUUUUUGGCUUGGUCCUUCAGGAGGGAGGUAUUAUACCGAGUCCUGUAUGCUGUUUGCUCGGUAUAAUGUCUCUUUAGUUUUAAUUUCAUCCUGGCCACAAGAAGAUGAUGAUCUGAGGCAAUAUCAGCUCCCCUCUUAACACGUACGUCUUGGAGAGAUCGCCUGAAUUUUUUACAAAUACAUACAUGGUCUAUUUGGUUCAUCGUUCUCAUGUCCGGAGAGACCCAUGUAGCUUUGUGAAUCCUCUUGUGCUGGAAAAUGCUCCCCCCUAUGACCAGGUCAGCUGUGGCACAUAGGUCCGCAAACCUCUCACCAUUGUCGUUCAUCUCGCCUAUCCCUUGCUGUCCCAUAACCUCUUCGUACCCUGUGUUGCUAUUGCCGAUCUUGGCAUUAAAGUCUCCCAUGAGGAUGACGAUGUUCCUCCGUGGGCGAUCCUGGACUAUGGUCAUUACUCUAUUGUAGAAUUCUUCUUUGUCUCCUUCAUCACUUUCAUUAGUUGGUGCGUAGCAUUGUAUAACAUCUAGGUUGAUGCUACGUUUCUUUGUUCGAAAGGUUGCUAAAAGAAUUCUAGGUCCAUGGGCCUCCCAUCCAAUGAGUGCUCCUUGUGCUGCCCUUGAUAGCAUCAUAGCAACACCCAGGGUAUGUGGGGCAUUGUCUUCUUCGUGUCCCGAAAAUAUCACCAUCUCUCCUGAGAUUAAUCUCUUCUGUCCCCAUCCAGUCCAUCUUGCUUCACUAAUUCCGAGAAUGGUGAGCUUAUAGCUCCUCAUCUCAGCGGCUAUUUGUGCCGCUUUACCAGCCUCGUACAUGGUGCGGACAUUCCAAGCGCCAAUGACGGUGGUAGUCCUGGUAGAGAUGAUGGUUGUCGGCUUAAUAGCUUCCAGGUUUCGGCUUUCACUAUUAGGCGUCAUAUUUUCCUCCUCAAGGAAUCCAUCCUCUCCCAGGACUGAAAUGUCUUUUGUUACUCUUUUCGGUGCUUUUGUAACUAUGAUUUUUUACAUGGCAGGGUUGUUGGCCUUGCGCACAACCACUUGGGGGGUUGCCCCUCACAGCUCAAUGGGUAGCUGCCUUUGUUCGGGUUAGGUCCCUAGCCUUUGUGGAUCCCUCCACUUCCUACAAGGCAGUAGGGCUGAUUUUGGUCCGCCCCGGGUAUUUUAUUUCCCCGGUACCCUCCAUAUCUGGCGGGCUUUCCCCUAUCCGCCGGCUGGGGAGGCGCUCGAUAGAAGAUCAGCAUCUCCCACGUGUCAUCGCCUUGUUUUGAUACUUUUUACAAAUACUCAUUCGUGUUAAAUUUGCUGAAUUGUAAGUUCUGUUUAGUAACAUUUUUCCCGACAAUACGAUAACUGCUUGUAGCAGGGGCAUGCAAAUAAAUUGAAAAAAAAAUCAAAAUAAUCGUUUUUUCAAAAACUCAAAUUUCAUAUGUGGAAAAAAAUAUGUAUAUUCUUUUAAAUAGAAUAAGUCAUAGUGUAUAGCGCCCACCCACCCCCCCCCGAAAAAAAAGUCAAAAUGUACCAAUUAAUGACCUAUAAAAAGUUUUAUUUCAAUAGUAUGAAAGUAAUAUCUAUUAAAUCGAUUAUAUUACUGACGUAAACAAUGUUAUUUACAUUUAUACUUUAAAUAAGUUAAAGUAGUUAAGUCUCAAUAUUAAUUUGAUUUUUAUUUUGGUCUGUCAUUUUCAUAUUACUAAUCACAUACAAAAUCAGUUUUAUUAGUAUCACGAAAAUUAAACUUUAUAUUGUAACGGGAAGAAAAAGGAAAAUUAUGUAGUGAAACACUGUAACAUAAACUGAUAUUUCAUCAUUGAAACUAUAUAAUUUAAAACGUAUUCGUAUUUAUAUUAUCAAAAAGAGUAACAUUUAGUCAAAUAAAUUUUACUGAUAUUUUGCAAAAGUAACUUAUUUAAAUCUGUUUCAAAUACGUUUUUUUUAAAUAGUAAGUAGAUUGAUUUAGCUUUAUUUAGUAUUAAAAUAUUUUUUUUUAUGGUGAUUAUUUUAAAUAAUAUUUUUAAAAAAGAUUUUUGAAAGAAAUAAUUAGUAGCUUAACAAAUAGAAAUACUGAUGAAUUAUUAAUUUUUCAAACAGGUCAAGAAAACACUACGGUAAAUCCGCUUAAAAAAAAAUCGAAAAAAGGAAACAAAACAACUAAAAAUUUUGAUUGGAUUACUCUUUAUGAUGCAUCAGAAAAAGGUCAAAAGGACAUUGUUGAACUUCUGAUUAAAAAUCAAGCAAAUGUUAAUGAAAAAACAACAUUAGGUUACACUGCUCUUUAUGUUGCAUCACAAAACGGUCACAAGGACAUUGUUAAAUUUCUUAUUAAAAAUCAAGCAAAUGUUAAUGAAAAAACAAAAACCGGUAGUACGGCUCUUUAUAUUGCAUCACAAAACGGUCACAAAGACAUUGUUGAAUUUCUUAUUAAAAAUCAAGCAAAUGUUAAUGAAAAAACAACAGGAGGUUACACUGCUCUUUAUGUUGCAUCACAUAACGGUCACAAGGACAUUGUUGAACUUCUUAUUAAAAAUCAAGCAAAUGUUAAUGUAAAAACAACAAGAGGUUACACUGCUCUUUAUGUUGCAUCACAUAACGGUCACAAGGACAUUGUUGAACUUCUUAUUAAAAAUCAAGCAAAUGUUAAUAAAAAAGCAACAGAUGGUGCGACUGCUCUUUAUGUUGCAUCACAUAACGGUCACAAGGACAUUGUUGAACUUCUUAUUAAAAA